CAAGAACUUUUAAAGAAAUUCAAAUUCAAUCUCAACAGAAUUACUAUGGAUACCUACAGUUCAUUAAUUAAAAAUAUCGAAGAACUCAAAGUCCCAGACGAAGAAGCCCUCAAAUCAAUCUCCAAGAUUCUCUUUGAAAAAGCUAUUGUCGAUCAAAAAUAUAGUGCUGUUUAUGCUAUUCUCUCAGGUCAUUUAGAUAAUUCAUACCCUAAAUUUGGUGAAAUUUCAUUAAAACGUGCUAUUCUCGAAAAUUGUCAAAAUGAAUUCGAUUCUGCCGCUUUUGAUAAAUCUAAAUUCGAAGGUUUAUCCAAAGAAGAUUUAGAAGAACAAGAGUUUUUAUUCAAGAGAAGAGUAUUAGGUAAUAUUAAAUUCAUUGGUGAAUUAUAUAAACACAAUGUUUUAGGAUUAAAAAUCACACUUAAAAUUACAGAACAAUUAGUUAAUAAAUGUGAAGAAAGAUUAGAUGAAGAAUCAAUUGAACCAUUAGUUAAAUUAUUAACUACAAUUGGCAAGAGAUUAGAUGAAGUAGAUAAAGCCAAUGCCGAUUUAUACUUUGGCAAAAUACAAGCAGUUUCAGAAAGUGAUAAAGUUACAAGUAGAGGUCGUUUCAUUUUAUUAGAUUUAUUAGAUUUAAGAGCUAGCAAAUGGCAACCAAAGAAUAUUAACCAAACUAAAUCAAAGAAAGAAGAAACUGAAAAAGAA